ACAAACAAAAUUAAUCUGUUAACAUUUUCCAAUGUUAAGAUGAUUCUACGUCAAUUCGUAUUUAACAUUGUCAUCAGUAAUUAUGAUAUGCACGGCCAUGGGUAACAUAUAUAUACAGAAUUUCAAUUAGACGAACGCAAAAUUCAUAGAAAAGAAAAAAAAGUUGAUAGAACUCUUUUAGACGAAGCAUUCAUUAAAAGUUAAACCUCUUACUCUUCUUUAAUUCAUCAAAUACUAAACGCUUCGUUCCAUUUUCUUCAACGUCUUUUAGUGACAGGGGCUAUUAGUUUAAAAAAUUCCGAUGCAUUAUAAGUAAUCUUAGCCGUGUAUAUAAGGGUGCUCUGUAGUGUACUUUAAUAAAUCUAGAAUAGAUGGUCUCUUUAUUGGUCUCUUUAUCCACUUUCGUGUGGCUUAGACUACGCGAAAACAGAGCUCUCAAUUCCCAAAGCACAGUUUGAACUGUUUUGUUUCGUGAAUGGGCAGCGCGUGGGAUGCUUCAUCAUGCAGGCUUAUCAUACCUUCACCCGUUCUCAUCUAGUGUUUCCCUCUUUCAGAGUCUUAUGUUCAUCGGAGCAGGUUAGCUUGUCAAGGCGAAAAACAUUAGAGAAAUUGGAUGAAGAGCUGACCAAGGGGGAUGACAAGGCAGCACUUUCAUUGGUCAAAGCUUUGCAAGGCAAGCCUGGUGGACUGCGUUGUUUUGGUGCUGCUAGGCAGAUACCCCAAAGGCUUUACACUUUGGAUGAGCUCAAGCUAAAUGGAAUAGAAGCUGCAUCUCUUCUUUCUCCAGUGGAUACUACUCUUGGUGCCAUAGAAAGAAAUCUUCAGCUUGCUGCUGUUCUGGGAGGUGUUUCUGCCUGGAAUGUCUUUAGUUUUACCCCCCAGCAACUUUUCUAUAUUUCUCUAGGAUUGUUGUUCCUGUGGACUUUUGACUCGGUAUCUUUCAAUGGAGGAGUCAGUAGCUUGAUUCUUGAUACAAUUGGUCAUACCUUUAGCCAGAAGUACCACAACAGGGUCAUUCAGCAUGAAGCUGGGCAUUUUCUGAUAGCCUACUUGGUUGGAAUUCUACCUAGGGGAUAUACUUUAUCUAGUUUGGAAGCAUUGAAGAAGGAAGGCUCGCUCAAUGUUCAAGCAGGGACUGCAUUUGUGGAUGUUGAGUUUCUUGAAGAAGUUAAUGGAGGAAAAUUAUCAGCAACAACUCUAAACCGAUUCUCAUGCAUAGCGCUAGCUGGAGUGGCCACUGAAUAUCUUCUAUAUGGAUGUGCUGAGGGAGGUCUUGAUGAUAUAAACAAGUUGGAUUCAUUGCUCAAAGGGUUGGGAUUUACACAAAAGAAAGUUGAUUCCCAAGUCAGAUGGUCUGUACUAAACAUAAUCCUACUUCUUCGUCGACAUGAAAGGGCAAGAUCCAAACUAGCAGAGGCCAUGACAGCAGGAAAAUCUGUAGGAUCUUGCAUUGAGACCAUUGAAGAUGCCAUUGGAAGUGAUGAUCUCUAGCAGCUCUUCUACUCUCCUUUUUUUAAGGACUAUGACUAAGUUCUUUUGAAUAGUGUUGCAGUGUAAUGAUGUAAACUAAAUUCAUUACCUGACCAAGUAUACAUCUCAAAAGUUUUCUGUAGCACUAAAAUGAUUCUAUAAAAAACCACUCAUCUUAAUAGUUCAA